AUGAUGGAGCUGGCCCUGGCCCUGGCCGUCGUGCUGAAGCUGGCCUUGGCGUUGGCGCUGGGGCUGGCCAAUUUCAUGGCCGUCGCCCUGGUGGCUGGCUUCGCUGCCUACGUGCUCUUCCAUAGCCUCCCAAUCUGUGUCACAUCCAUCGCAUUGGGCCUCCCGCAUAGCCAAACCAUGAUUGUAGUCCCCACAAUGGCUGCGGUGGUAUCCGUCGACGAUGCCAUCUAA